AUGUGGUCAAUUUUCUCUCUGGAAGAGUCACAAGGAGAUUAUGUUCGAUUUAUUAGCAUUUUUGGAUUCGAUCGUGGUACAAUUAAAAGUAUUUUUGGCAAUUCAACCCAAGCAAUCUCGAAAGAAAUAGUCAAUUUCUAUCCAUGGGAUAAGAGCAAUGGGUUGUAUUUGAUUACUCAAGAGGAAGCAAAUACCACUUGGUCAAAGAUAAUACCACAAUUCAGCGAGGUUGCUAUUUUCAAUAUUCGCAACCAACAAGACAUUUCAAGAAUAACCAAAGAAUUACCAAAUAAUUAUCCUACAAUUAUAUUUGUUUAUGAUGGAGCGGACAUUUUAUUUGUUGAGAAAGACAAGCAAAUUAUUUGUACCACUAGACAACUUGGUACAACUAUAAAUAGUACUCUUCAUAACAACCAAUCAUCAUCAAGCUCAUUAAAAAUUUUGGAGAAAUUAGUGUCUAGAUACAAUACUAAAUGUACUGAUGUGGAUUGCGGCAACCAAGCAGAAUAUUUAUUUACCGGAAAGUUUAAGUGCAACAAUCACUAUGACGCAUUGGUACCCAGAUUCAAGAGUAUGUGCAUAUCAAUCGACCUUUACUUGGAAUGCUCCAGAAUCCUCAAUCAAACAGAGCACGAAUUAUUGGUUGGGCGCGAAUAUGACAAAAGAAACAAAUUCCUUCAAGAAAAUAGCGAAGGUGAAAUAGAACUUGGACCAAAAUCAAAGUAUUUGCCAAAAGAAACCAACCAAAAUUUCAAACUUGUAACAUUUAUUGGUCCGAGCGGAAGUGGAAAGAGUACUCUAAUUCGAGGAUUGUGCCAUGGAGAUAGACCUCUUUUGCCAUUAAAAGGAAAUCAAUUUUCAUUAACCUCUUCAGAUAUCAAUUUAUAUCUUGGAAAAAAAGAAAAAAAAGAAGAUAAAAUAGAAGGAGAUAAAGAAAUUAAAAAGGAUGAAGCAAAAGAAAUUAAAAAGGAUAAAGAAGAAGAAGAAGAAGAAGAAGAAGAUCAGUCAUUUUUGAUUGCAGACUGCGAAGGUUUUGGUGGGACCCUAAAUACUGCAACACGCACAGGAAACAAUCAACCUUCACGUAGACAACUGGUAGAGUCUGCAUAUCCAAGAAUAAUGCACUCUUUUAGUGAUAUUGUUGUUUGUGUUUGUUCAAACUCUUGGCAAGAACGACAAACCAUCAGUAAAUAUGUACUGUCACAUGCUCAACAUAGUGAUGCUGGAAUUGUCAACCAAGGAGAGUUACCCCACCUCAUAUUGGUAUUCAACAAGAAAGCAAAGAAUGAAAUGAAUGUCACCAAUCAAGAAGCAACUGACGAGUUUUUUGUAAAAGGAAGAUUUGAUGAACUCGUUCGACCGUAUUAUCGUGGUUGGAGUAUAGUUCGUAUUGCAACCGACGAAGGUGGUAGGGAUCCCACAGCGUUCCUUAAUACUUACGAGGAACUAAAAAAGGAGAUUUACGGCAAACUCUUAAAGGAAGGAAAGCAAAUGGUUGCAAGGGAUCUAUCAGACAAACAAAAGCUGGUAGAAACACCUUUGACCUUGAAAGAGGCAAUAACACAGGUGAAAGAAGUAGUUAAUCGAUUCAAUAAUAAGAUCGACUAUAUCAAUUUUAUCGAAAUCCAACCAAUCAACCCAAAUCAAGCUGCAUCCUACUUGUUCAAAUAUUUUAGACUAUUAUAUUCUGAACUGUCUUUAAACUUCAGGUAUGGAUUCGGUCAAUCCAUCGACCUUUUAAAUGCACGACUCCCACACUCCCAACAAAUGUACAUAUCAAGAUACCCUCACCAAAAGGACAAUUGGGAGGCAGUCAUAAAAAUGCUGUCUCUUUUAGUUGAUAGUAUGGAACCAUGUGGUGCCUCAUAUUGUGACAAAUCUUUCCAUCAACAUGGUAGUACUCACAAAAGUAUUACCAUGAUAUAUGAUAACAAAUUACUCAAACCAAGACACGAAUAUGAUGAAGAUGAAAGAAUAAUAGUUGGAGACCCAACAACACAUACAACUUUGGUUGACUUGAAAGAAGAGCUUGGUGCAACCUAUUUUGAACAAUUACAUAGCAAAGUUUGUGUGCAUUGUUUAAUUGGACCACCCUUGAAAAAGAGAGAUGGUUGCGAUUACUUUUUAUGUCUUCAUUGUUCAGAAAAAGAAGAAGAAGAAGGAACUGAAUGCCCUGAUAAUUGUCCUUCAGCUAAUAUCAAAUAA